AUGAGUCAGAAGGCAGAAAAACCAACACUAUCAGGCACCCGUCUGAAGACCCGGAAAAGGGAUGAGAAGGAGAAAAACGACCCAACCGCUUUUAGAGAUUCCAUCAUCGCAGGCCUGAGUGAAUGCGGGGGAGACUUAGAACAGGUGUCUCGUUUUCUUGACAAGGAAGGAUCCAAGCUUGACUACAGGAGAUAUGCUGAGGUCCUCUUUGAUAUCUUGUUUGCUGGAGGCAUUCUUGCUCCUGGUGGAUUUAUAGUGGAAGGGACAGAGUUUGGCAAGCCCGUCCGGUCAGAUAUUUGUGUGUUCAGGUGGGGAGAUGGAUUGGAGCAGCUACGCAACUUCUACACUGUGUUUUAUAAACUCAUCCGAAGGUACAAGUAUCUGGAAAAAGCAUUUGAGGAUGACUUAAAAAAGAUCCUGAUGUUCCAGAAGGGCUUUCAGGCCAGUGAGCGGGAAAAAUUGGCCACAAUUACUGGUAUAAUCCUGGCCAAUGGGCUAUGCACACCUCGCAUCCUUCAGAGUCUGUUUGAGGAUCACCUUGUUAAGGAAGGGAUUUCUUUGGAUUUUGCUGCAAUCAUGUUUUCAACCUGGCUGAAGGAGAAGGAUAUCAAUGCCAUCUGUGCUGCCCUGAAGAAACAACAAAUUGACAGCCGACUUAUGGAAAUGUUUCCCGUCAACAAGAGGAACCAGGACACUUUUGAUGCCUUUUUCCGGGAGCGAGGCCUUGGGGCCAUUGCUGAUAUGCAGACGGCCCAGAUAGCUUCGAAAGCCAAGAAGGAGGCGCAGAGAGGUCUGGCCGACAUGAUUAAGGAUGAAAGCUCUGUGCCUGAUAUGAUUGAGUAUGUCACCGAUCUCAUAGAGAAGCAAGGCAUGUCUGAAACUGAAGUGACUAUAUCUAUCUGGAACACCAUCAUGGCAGCUGUGGAGUGGAACAAGAAAGAGGACCUAGUUGCAGAGCAAGCUCUGAAACAUCUCAAGCAGUACUGUCCCUUGUUGAAAGCCUCUACUCGUUCUGGCAAGUCCGAGUUAGCCCUCAUGCUUAAGGUGCAGGAGUUUUGUUAUGAGAACAUGAACUUCCUUAAGUCCUUCCAGAAGAUCAUCAUGCUUUUGUAUAAGACCGAGGUGAUCAGCGAGGACGUUAUACUCAAGUGGUUCAAGGACAGCCACAGUGCCAAGGGCAAGAGUGUCUUUCUGGAGCAGAUGAAGAAGUUUGUUGAGUGGUUGCAAAGUGCUGAAGAAGAAUCUGAUGAAGAUGAGAAGGGAGACAACUGA